UUCAUAUCUUCGUAAAUGCAUGUUUACUUAAACGCAACUAGCAUUAAGUUGGUGAACGCUAACGAUGACUCUUUUAAAGGAAAUAUUAAAAGGUUAUCCAUCUGGAAUAGACAGAGAUAAGGGGUGGCAGUGUUAAUAAACAGACUUCCGCUACACCUCAACAGUGUCUUCCUUUUCUAAACAAUUUUUCUUUAAUGUUGUAAUGUUUUUUUCCAUUCAGCCUACGCACCCGUCAUCUCUUUGGGGGGAAGACGUCCAGUUAACUUCUAAUGUUACAAAAUAAAUUGUAACACCUGUUUUGUAGAAGAAGAAAAAAUCCUGACUCCGAAGUUCUGACUUCCUAGCGAUUUAUUCGUUCUGAAAAACACUUGCUUGCGCCAUGGAAACUAUCUGAACGACUCGCCUUUCCUUUUUGGCACCGUGCAUACUUAGCUGAGAUAAAUAGGGGAAAAUGAGAUUGCUAUUAAGAAUGCUUAAAUCGAAUCUCGCUAUCGAAAUAAUAAGAGGCUAUGUUGCGCAGCAAUAUGAAGCAGUGUUGUGAAAUACAUUUCAAUAAUUUUGAGAGGCAGGAAAGAGGAGGUAUAUAACUUUACAGAAGUACUACAUACUUAGGGAUCACUCUAUUGAUGAAAUACAUAUUACAUAUGGGCGGAUUUCCAUACAGAUAAUAGGAAAUAAAAACAAAUCGCGAGUAUACAUUACGCGACAAUUAGUCCUUAAGAUAUUUUACUAUAGAACUUGUUAUACUACCCCAGCAAAGUUAAAGCUUAAUUUUAUUCCCUGUUAAGAGAAAGAAUACUUUUAAUUGUACAUAAUUAAAAUUGUUUACAGCAUAGUAGAUGUAGUAUUCGCAGAAUUAUGAAGAAUUAUGAAGUUGAUUUCUUUAUGUAUUACGUAUUGAUACUUAUAAUACUUUGUACAAGAAAACGUGAAAACGUGUUAACCUAAAAUUACUGAGUAUUUGGCAUAAUAUCUUCAUAACUUUAAUUCUGAAACCAAGUUUAAAAUUAUGCAGAUUUGUUUUAUUUGUAGUCCAGAAUUGCGCUAAAUAAACCCGGGUGUUUUUCAACGUAAGUUAAAAGAACCACUGGCAAUAUCUCCUAAAUUUGUAAUUUAAAAUGAAGGUCCAGCCUUUUCGGCAUUAGGUCAAGUAGACUUGUGUUGUUACAGUCACGGAGCAAUGAAGUUUACAUCAUACCAGUAAUCAGCACUAAAAGUAAGUUCAGCUUUCAGUUACUUUCCAACUCUGACUAAAUAAUAUAGAUUCAAAAGUUUGUAUUUCGUCGGUCUUUUACAUAUAGCUAUUUAACAAAUUUAUUUUCGUUUAUUAUCAUUUCAAACUGUAUUGCCCUUUAUUUGGUGGACAUGUACUAAGCAUAUUGUGGGUCAUUGCAAUUGCAAAAGAAAACGGACAAAUAGCAUAAAGUUUGAAAACACAGUAUAGUUCGUGUGUAAAAAGCAUUCAAUAUUCUUUGCAUGUUUGUCUCACAGGUUUAAAAUUGGCAUAUUAACAACGAUUCUUUAUAGUUUGUAUUUUAUUUUUUCAUUUUUUCCUAAUGCAUAUCAAGCUGAAACUACACCACUUAAACACAAUACUAUAUCAUCAAAACAUUAAAGUUGAGGAAAUCUUCUGGUAAUUUGGAUACCGUUACUUCAUUUAAAAUAUUGCAGUUUCAAAAACAUAAGUUUUAGUCUGUAAGGGUGUUGCUGAAAAGCUCUAAGAAAAACGGGAUAACUCACUUGAGGCUUUAUAAACUCUGUAAAAAAAACAUUCUGUAGUAUACUUGCACUAGUUAUAGUCCGGAGAUUAAAUAAGAUGAUGAGAUUCACUCGACUUUUACAAAAUAUCCACUCGUCAGUUGUUUACAAGGCGAUUUACAGCUAUUAAACUUGACCAUCUGAAUAAGUACGCGCGCGCACAAACUGAGAAUGCAGGAAUCUUUUCCAGGUUCACCGAGUAAUUGGCGUACUGAAUGCAGACUGUUAGCUAUUUAAAAUUAUUUUUAAACGAUGCUGUGUAUAAUGGAAAUGGAUUCACAACAUAUACGACAGUUCGUCUGUUUUAUGAGAAAUAUUUUCAGAACAAUCGAGUCAAGGGGAAAGAGCUCAUGCCAGUCAGAAAUGGGAAAGCUAACUGAAUCCAAAGUCCGCAUAAUCCAAAUACAAAGUAAAUGGAUAAAAAGGAGUCAAUUUUCUAUGUCCCUCGUUAUAGUUAUUGACAACUAAACAUUUGGAUACCACGUGCGCAUAGAAAUUAUUACUAUUUCUGGAUCAUGCGAAUUUCAACAUUUUGUCGCAGGAAGCAUUUAUAAAUGGGACAUAGCGUUGCAUUGACGAGUGUAAUUUACAGUGACGUUCACGACGAUUCCUUUUUCUCUCUUUCUCUCACUUCUUGAUCCGUUACAAAGCAUACUCGCCACAGUAGAUCACUAGAUCCAGGUUUCUUUCAACUUUAGGCCCAAAGAACGUAGGAGAACGCGUAAAAUAUAUCUACUUUCUAUAAUGGCACUAAUUCAAACUCCUAGUUCUCCGCCAAAUAAAUUCCUACAUAAAUGAAUAAAUAGUUUUCAAGAAACCAAAGGUAAAAAUGUCGAGCAGUACAAAAACUAGCGAUGAAGAUGAUGAUGAUGAAGAUGGAGACGAUGAGUAUGGUGAUUAUUAUUAUUAUUAUUAUUAUUAUUAUUAUUAUUAAUUCUGAUGUUGUUGUUCUUGUUCUUGCAUGCUUUUCUAACAUUAAAUCGUAGCCUAUAUGGUGUAUUCUAUUUACUGGGGUAAUAUAAAUUAAGUCUGAUUUUAAUGUAAAUAAUUAAUAUUAAUUUUACAUUAGCCAGUAUGCUGCACAAUAUAUAGCUUUUCUUGCAACUGCUAUAAGCCAGUAGACAUUAAAAUGUUAAUUAGCAUCGACAUUAAACAGAGAUAAAGUGUGUAUAUUUACAAUAAGGAACCAUUAAAUUGCAUGUCAAAUAUUAACUUUACACAAGCCAUAUACAUACAAUUGUAUGCCGAGUUAAAGGAGGUUAAAAAAAAACAUGAAUCUUGAAAAUCUGUUUUCUUACACGUCCCCCAAUUUCCCUUGAUGAUUGCUGGGAAGGUGUGAAUAGCCAUCUAUUUGUUUGUUCGCAGCCUUUUUUCCUCGUCGGCGAACUUCAGUGUUUUGUAUUCCUCUAAAUCCAGCGGGCAGUUCUUAUUGGUAGGUGUAAAUGUUACAUCACAAUGAUUAUGACGCACCGUCUUCCUGUUUCCUUCAGCAGUGUCUUAAAGUGAAUCUUGUUGGUGGGAGAGAGCCUCAGCUCUUUUCAGCUCGACUCACAGAAAAACCCAAUUACAAGCCAGAAAGGAGAGCGGCGCACAAGAGCUCUCUGCUCUCUCGCGUCCAACUCUCCUGCUUGCCUUGAGAAAUUACAAUAUUCAUCACCAGGCAAACAGCCCUCUCUGUCUCUCACAUUAUAGCAAAGAAGCUCGCUUUCUUCUCAUCUCUGGAGUAAGUAACCUUGUCCUUAGAUAGCUCCCAGUUUAUUCUUUCUAGUAUUAAUCGUCCGCUCUCUUGGAGAAGCCAAUAGUUUCUACUGAGAGGAGGAGGUGCGAUUCGUAGUAUAUAUUUUACUGCUUAAUUGUCUUCAUUGGUACGCAUUUAGGUUGCUUUUUUCCAAAAAUCGUUUUUUGAUAUUAACAAGCAGAAGACAUUUUCAGAUUUUUUGCUUAAUCGAAAGGGAUAUAGGGCUCAAUUGUUCCACUCGAACGAUCUUGGGGUUCGAGAGCUGUGCCCAGCUGACAAGCCUUUGAAGAUGACACAAUAGCAAUAGCAGUCCAGUGAUGCCUGACCAUGACAGUGCAGCCCUCUUAAGCAGACAAACUAAGAGACGAAGAGUUGACAUUGGCGUGAAAAGGACUGUAGGGACAGCGUCUGUAGCCUUUGCCCGAGCGAAAGCAAGCAUAUUCAGUGCCAUGAAUCCCCACAUUGCCGACCAGGACGUCGAGUGUUCAGUAGUGCAGCACGCGGACGGGGAGAAGUCCAAUGUGCUCCGCAAGCUGUUGAAGAGGGCAAACUCGUACGAAGAUGCCAUGAUGCCCUUUCCCGGUGCCACCAUAAUUUCCCAACUUCUGAAAAACAACAUGACCAAAAACGGAGGCAACGAGCCUAGCUUCCAGGGUAGCGGGCUGUCGAGUACUGGCUCUGAAGUCCACCAGGAGGACAUGUGCAGUAACUCGUCCCGGGAGAGUCCCCAGGACUGCCUGUCACCCUUUAGUAGGCCCUCCAUGAGCCAAUUUGACAUCGAGCGACUCAGUGACGAGCACCUGAGGGCCAAGCGCGCCCGGGUGGAGAACAUCAUCCGCGGCAUGAGCCACUCGCCUAGCGUCACCCUGCGGCCUAGUGAGAGUGACCGUGAGGGGGUGCCACAGCCGCCCGGCAGCCCCCGCGAGAGCUACCGGGAGAACAAGCGCAAGCAGAAGCUGCCCCAGCAGCAGCAGCAGAGCUUCCGGCAACUGGUGUCGGCACGCAAGGAGCAGAAGCACGAGGAGCGCCGCCAGCUGAAGCUGCAGCUGGAGGACAUGCAGAAGCAGCUGCGGCAGCUGCAGGAGAAAUUCUACCAGAUCUACGACAGCACAGACUCUGAGAACGACGAGGACGGGAAUCUCUCAGAAGACAGCCUGCGCUCUGAUGGCAUGGACCGCCGCGCACGUGACUCGGUGGCAGACCGUUCCGAUAACGAGAUGUCCGACCUGGACCCUGGGCACUUCCUGGACCGGGCACGUGCACUGAUCCAAGAGCAGAGCGUCAUGGCGGACGGAGACAAACCCAAGAGGGACGGUCCUCGGGGGAAAGGACAGGGGCCCUCCUCCAUGCACGCGGAGGGCAAGCAGUUGGCCGAGACGCUGAAGCAAGAGCUAAACACGGCCAUGUCCCAGGUCGUAGACACGGUGGUGAAAGUUUUUGCCAAGCCCCCACGUCCAGUUCCUCAGGUCUUCCCGUCGCACCCGAUGCCUCAGGACCGCUUCCCGGUGAAUGGAGAGAAUCCAAACUUCCACACGGCCAAUCAGCGAUUGCAGUGUUUUGGCGAUGUCAUCAUUCCCAAUCCACUGGACACCUUUGGCAGCAUUCAGGUCCCUCCUUCAAAUGACCAAACGGAGGCUCUGCCUCUGGUGGUCCGAAAGAACUCCUCGGAGCAGUCAUCCUCUCUGCCCACGCCUGGGGGGCACCAUCACCCCUCACUGCAUCCCUCCCCAUUAUCUGCCACCAUGGGGUUCAGUCCUCCCUCUUUCCGGCACCCUUUCCCCCUUCCACUAAUGGGCUACCCUUUUCAGAACCCAUUAGCCACACCUUCAGGCUCCUAUCCGGGCAAAGACAGGGCCUCCCCAGAGUCCCUGGACCUAUCCAGGGAGACUACCAGCCUAAGGACCAAGAUGUCAUCAAAUCAUCUGAACCACCAUCGCUCCUGCUCGCCUACACAUCCUGGGAGCACCGCAGAGGGCCUGUCCUUAUCCCUCAUCAAAUCCGAAUGUGGGGACCUUCAGGAAAUGUCUGACAUCUCGCCGUAUUCAGGAAGUACAAUUCAGGAAGGCCUAUCACCUAACCAUCUGAAGAAGGCCAAACUGAUGUUCUUCUACACAAGAUACCCAAGCUCCAACAUGCUGAAGAUGUUCUUCUCUGACGUGAAGUUCAACAGGUGUAUCACGUCCCAGCUCAUCAAGUGGUUCAGCAACUUCCGCGAGUUCUACUACAUCCAGAUGGAGAAGUUUGCCCGGCAGGCCAUCAAUGAUGGCGUGACCGGCGUGGAGGAGCUCAGCGUCAGCCGGGACUGUGAACUCUAUCGUGCGCUGAACAUGCACUACAACAAGGCCAACGACUUUGAGCAGGUUCCGGAGCGAUUCCUGGAAGUGGCGCAGAUCACGUUACGGGAGUUUUUCAACGCUAUUGUCGCAGGCAAAGAUGUUGAUCCUUCCUGGAAGAAGGCCAUAUACAAGGUCAUCUGCAAGCUGGACAGUGAAGUCCCAGAGAUUUUCAAAUCUCCCAAUUGUCUGCAAGAGCUCCUGCAUGAGUAAACGUUUCCAUUGUUACCCGCCCAACCCCCCCUCCGCCCCCCCCAACCCCUUGAAUGUAUGAAGUAGCACUCCCAUUUUGAAGCCUGACUAUUUUGGGACCCUAUUUUUUUUCCUUUUCUUCUUGUGAAAGGUCUUUGAAUCCACUGAGAGUUUUGACAGUGUGAAUCCCCCUUUUUACCUGCCCCCUAACUUGAGGGGGGGUGGGGGGGGGUUACCACUUAUACAUGGCACGGUGGCUAAUUAUACUGUUAACCUGAAAUUCUCCCAUUUGGUCACUAAUAGGGCUCCGUUUCGCCGAGAGAUGUCUGAUGUGUGUGAAGAUUUUCUUGCGGAAUAAGACAAUACAUUUACAGAUUGUAUAGGUGUAAUUAUUAUUUAUAAUUAUUAUAAUUAUUACUAUUAAUGUUAUUGCUUGCUUCGAAUUGAUACAUUAUUGAUGAUCUUGUUUGUUUCAUGACGAUGCUUCAUAAAAUAAAUUAUUCCAAAAAAUA